CUGACGACACGAUCCUUGCGCGGACCGACAUGCUGCGCACGUUCUAUGAGCGAUAUGUGAUCCCGGCGAGGGGCUACAUGAUGACCGACUGCAUCGGCGGUCCGCGGCCCAUCCAGCUGCGCCACCUCAUGAACGCUCACAAGGGCCUCACGUUUCCCUUCUUCCUCCUCCUCAUGCACUACUACGACAACUGGUCCGUCUCGGCAUUUGUGAUUCUCGCCGACCAAGGCACGUACGGGCUUUGCUGGCUGCUCAAAGACCAGAUCCUCCCCGACCGUCUCUGGACCAAGCCCAUGACGAUCCCGUCCGCGCUUCUGGGCCUGGUGGCGUUUACGGCGCAUUGGUGCGGCGGCUAUUUCCUGAUUUCCAACCACAACGAGCUCGCUGCGUGGGUCCUUGCCAUUUGCAUAUCGAUGCACACGUUGGGCCUCGUGCUCAUGAUGGUGGCAGACACGCAAAAGUACUUUGUACUGCGCUACAAGCCGGGCUUGAUCACGGACGGCUGGUUCAAGUGGUGUCGCAACACAAAUUUUCUUGGCGAGUUUCUCGUGUACCUCUCGUACACAAUCAUGGGCCAGCACUGGUUCCCGUACGUCUUUCUGGCAUGCAUGUGGCUCUUUGUGGGUGUAUCCAAUAUGAUUGCAAAGGAUGCCUCGCUCCUCAAAAAGGACGGCGGCGAGCAGUAUUUAGAGUACUCGGGGUUCUUCCUUCCCCACGUCGCAAGCUGGAUCAUGAGCGCGUCGCCAUCUUCUGCGUCCGUGCUCCCUAGCCCAACGCCAAUCGGUCCCACGGUAGACCACGUGGUCGCGACACCGCCCCCAGAAACAAAACAGUAAUACGAAGAUGGCAUCCAUCCCACAAGAGUGGUAGUGCAUCUUGUGAAGCAUCAGACGAAGCGACACGACUUGAACUUCCGAUGUAUAGAAGUGCCUCGUCUAGUUGAUUUAGAACAUCGUGGUGGCGGUUUAGCGACGGCCACCGCUGCGUA